AUGGCUACGCAAAAGUGGGUGACGUAUAUCUGCGAUACAGCGGAGAAUAAUGGCGGUGUCACCGUCAAGAAUGAGAAAAGCGCCGCUGGAGACGACCGUGGGCCUGUAUACGAGACCAGCACCGAAGAGAUCCUCAAGCAAGCGCGAUUUACGGCCGAUCUUGCCGAAAGAACCAAAUGUGGAUUCACCAUGUCGACCGAAGUGUGGAAAAAUUAUAAGUACGCCUAUAAGAAUCGGAUGCGAUACAGCGCUUGGUACGCCGCCAAACAGCAAGCGGAUGAUGGUCAAGCUUACUCCAUCACUAUGAUGGAAAAGGUGCAGCAGCAACUCAUAGGCUGCGUCAAGAUCCAAGAGUUGUCGCGUGCUGCUUUAAAAUCCGCCAAAGGAAAGAGAAGGCUACCAAAUGGAGUAGCGAUGCCUCUAAGACGCUUGGAGACCUCGUGGACAGGACAGAGGAAGAUGAAGAGGGAAUCCCAGAUGAUUCUUCAGAGAUUUCUGCAACGUACGCGACUGGUGCAGUCUCUGAAUCCACCCUUUUCCGACAUGAACAAACCUCUGAAGCAGCAAGCGCUCGUGGGCAUGAUCAACUUUCGUGAAGAAGGAGCUUUCCUCCGCAGGACGAACGUAACACUUUCGGCACAUUCUCUCUGUAUAUACCGAUAG